AUGUCAUCAUCUGAUAUAUUUGAUGUUCUAAAUAUCAAAAAAGCGAAACCUCAACCCGCAACAGUUGAACCAUCUCAUAGUUCCUCACCAAGACCUCCUGUGACUGGGAUACAACGUGAGUUGUAUAAUCUACUCGGUACCAACCAACCUCCAAUAGCUCUUUCUUCGAAAUCUAAUGAACAAUCUCGUUUCAAAGAAAAGUUACAAGCUAAUGGGAAAGUAGUUCCAUGGACAAAUGCCCCAUUUAAGCCGAAUGAUUAUGUUGUUUUAAAUCAUUGGAUUCGUGGAUCUUCUCUGAAUGCUUCUAAUGAUAACACAAAAUCAACUGAUAAACUAGAAAAAUUAGAUCACAAUAAAACAGAGCAAGAGCUACCACCAUCCAAAUUUAAACAAUUUAACGUGCACCCUACUUUACCUGAAUUCACCGAAAUUGAAUAUAAUGACUUUAUGAGUGACAUAAUACUCCCUAGUGAAAUUAGCAAAGCAGAUAAUAAACCAAAUGAUGAAAUAAUUACAACCAAUAAGGAUAUAAAGGAAAGUGGUUCUGGCCUUGAGGCAGGUGAUAACCAGAAGGCAGAAUCUGCUAAUGAGGGAAGUAAAACUCCAAACGAUUCAGACAAAGACCACAAAGCUAAGAAUGAUACCUGGACAUAUGAGGAAACUUUACAAUUAUUUCACUUAUGUAGGCAAUACGAUAUGAAGUGGUUUAUUAUAUUCGAUAGAUACGAGGAUAAUGGUAAAACAAGAACUCUCGAAGACUUGAAAUCUCAAUUUUAUAAAGUUUCAAAAGCUUACUUCCAUAAAAAAGACCCCAAAAACCCUUUAUUGACAUCUUUAGACUUCAGAAAAGACAAAGAAAUAGAACGUAAAAACUAUUUGCAAAGAUUACUAGCACGAUCUGCAGCAGAAAUAGCUGAAGAAGAAGCACUAAUAAUUGAAUCUAGGAAAUUUGAAGUUGCUGCAAAACGGACAUUAAAUGAAAGAGAAGCUUUAUUAAGACUACUAGACUCACCUCAUUCUGAACAAUCAGUAUCUCGAUACUUGACGUCUCAAGGUAUGUCUCAACUGUAUACUAGUUUAUUAUCUGAUAAAUCUAGAAAGAGAAAGCAUCCAUCAAGUAACUCAAUACCAGAAAAUCCGUGGAUGAAACAGCAACAACAAUUUGCUCAACAAAGACAACAACUACAACAACAACAUCAUCAGCAGCAACAGCAACAAUUACAGCAACGAAUACAGCAACAAGAAAAUGAACAAAAAUCUCAAAAUAUUAAACAAGAAUUAUCUGUUAAGCCAAAUGAUUCCAUACCUUCCAUUCCAUCUACUUCUAAAAAGACUAAGAAACAAAAACAAGAAGAACAGCAAGCUCAGAAAAAGAAAUCAGAAUCUGCUCGGUUGGAGCAAUUAUUGUCAAAGUUUAGCGAAGAAGAAAGAACUGCAUUGGGAGUUAUUGUUCAUGAAAAGAAGCUAAAUGCUGGGGUGUAUUUGAGAUCAACAAGAAUUCCAAGUUUUAAGCCUGCUUUACAAAAUAAGGUUAAUUUGAUGAUGCAAGAACUAGGAUUACCUAUGAGACCUACUAUGGUAACAAAAAGAGUUAUGGAAAGACAAGAACAUUUAUUAAAACAAAUUGCAAAUUUAGCAGACUUAAAAAAACACUAUGAUAAGCUAGAGGCAGAGGUAGAAGUCAGGAAAUAA